AUGGACGGGAGAGUGGCGAAGCCGAGCCACAGUAGCAACGAGGGCCGUCCCUCGGGCACCCUCGGGCAGCCUGCGCGGCCCGGCGCGGGACCGGUCACGGCGCCGUGCGUCAGCACCGCGGAGCAGCUGAGCAGCAGGAUGGCGUGCGCGCCGGCACGACAUCCGAGCGCUCACCGACCGCAGGAAGGCGUUGAGCGUGGAUGUAGUCACGAGCCCCGCCCAUCAACCGCAAGGGCGGGGCAACGAGCAGCCCAUGGCAGCCACCACCACCCCGCACAGCCACCAGGCCCGGAUCCACCGCGCCGGAUCUACCACCUCCGGCAUGGAUGGGGUCGCCGCCGCCGUCGCCGCGAUUGCACCCAAACGAACGGGAAGAGACGGAGAGCCCCGCCGCCACCUUCAUCACGACCUCAGGGGAACUGCCGGAGGGCUCUGGUGGCAGCGAGGAUGAGGGCCGCGAGGAGGGAGGUGGGUGGUGGCUCAGGCGUGCUCCGCCCGUGUCGCCCUGGGCGAGCGACGCGGGGGACGGGGUUUAUCACAGAUUUACUGGGGGCCAUUCUAGAACCAACGGGAUUUACUCGCGCCGUGCCGGGAACCGGUCUCGAAGACGACGGCUACAGCAGGAUCUGGUACUUCUACCACGCCAAGAAGUUCACGAACACCAGAGGCAAGCUCAGCGGGUACAGGCAGCGCGCGGUCACCGGCGGCGGCGGCACGUGCUGGCACUCGGAGAUAAGGCGCAAGGACGUCCAGGGAUCCGGUGGCGGCACGUUCUGCACCUUCUCCUACGGCCGCAAGACGGAGCCCUCCUCUCGAUCGAUCGCCAGAAUGGGGUGGUGCAUGGUGGAAUACGACUUCGUCGCCGCCGACAAGAAACAAGACGAAGCCGCCGCCGACAGCAGCAACUACGUGCUCUGCAAGGUCUACCGCUCGCCUCGCGUGAAAGGAAAUUUGGCGUCGGCGUCCUCCUCUACCAAGAAGUCCUCGUCCAAGCAGACGGCCAAGAAGAGGAAGGCCGGCGGCAGUGACCACCCCAAGGCGCCGCCGGCCAAGUCGAUCCAGCAACAAGAACAGGUGCAGCAGGAUACUACCGCCUGCUAUCAGCCACAAGGCGUGGAGUCGGAGCACGGCGGCGACUUCAACGUCAACAUCGAGGACAUAAACUUCUACGUCGACGAGAGCAUGCUGCGAGACGAGCUGGAGCAGGGACUGCAGCAGCCAAUCGCCGAGCCGGAGACUGCCGUGCAACGACAGCGAGGCGCACAGUCUGAGCACGAAGAGUUCACCGUGGAGUGGUUAUUACGAGGUGAGCCGCAGCAGCCGAUCAUCGAGCCGCCGCCGGGGCAUGGCGGCGAGGUCAUCCAGAUGCCGUGCGGUCCGGUGGUGCCCGUGGUGGCGGAAGCCAUCGUCGAGGAUAUGCUCGGGCUCGGCCCGGAGACAGUAUACGGUCAGUGGAGCGAUGGCAUGACAACAGCAAGUAUACCAUGGAGCAGCUACGCGCCGACGACGUUGUACACAGGAUGCAGCAGCGUUCUUCAAGGAUCUGAUCCCCUCCAGCUUCCAUAUCUGACGUGUUGA